UCCGCUCCCAACGCAACCAGAAGCUUUUUUGGUUGCCGCGACCUCACCUGACCCAUCCAUCACCCACACGCACACCACCUGCAGAUCAACAGCAACAAGCCAGAAGAGAUGAAGCAUCCGAGGGAGCAGCAGCCGCAGGAGGAGGUGUCGCUGGCGCUGGCGCUGAGCACGGCGGACUCGUGCACGACGACCUCCGACUCGUCCGCCGGGGCGCCCCCGGCGGCCAAGCGCGCGCGGCGGCGGAGGGGCCCGGUGGUGGCCACAUCCGGGGAGGGGGAGUUCGUCUGCAAGACCUGCGGCCGCGCCUUCACCUCCUUCCAGGCGCUGGGAGGGCACCGGACCAGCCACCUGCGGGGCCGCCACGGGCUCGAGCUUGGCGUCGGCGCCAAGGCGCUCAGGCAGCACAAGGCGGCCGGCGGCGGCGGCGACAAGCAGGAGAAGCAGCAGCACCAGACCCACGAGUGCCACAUCUGCGGGCUCGGCUUCGAGUUGGGGCAGGCGCUUGGCGGCCACAUGAGGAGGCACCGCGAGGAGAUGGGCGCCGCCGAGGCCGCCGACGCAUGGGUCUGGCGCAGCGUCGCGCGACUACCGGAGGAGCUCGAGGUCCAGAGCGCCGCCGCCGCCGGCCCGCCCGUCUUGCUCGAGCUUUUCGCCUAGAUCAUCCUCCGUCGCCCAUCGGAUUAAUUAGACGCGCGUAGGACAUGUAAAUGAUAUUGUUUGGUCUUUCAUUAAUUAGAUCUUUUUAGGAAUUGAGAUCGUUCUCUCUUUGUAACUACAGUAUCUUAGGAGUUUUGGUUGAUGAUUUGUAGUGGUUCGAUCGAUUUUGGAUGUCACACACAACUGAUUUCAUAUGCUAGCAUUGAUAUACAGGACGAUUCUUUGGUUCAAAAAUAUACACAGAUAUGUUCAUCUUCUGGAAUGCAAUCUGCUGCUUUUCGUGUCA